AUGCUAUCUAUCAAAGAAUAUAUUGACAAUCUCAACACGAGAGCCUCCAAAUCAACAUUUGGCAGAGUUUUUCGUCUUGAUGGCUGUGGCCAUGAACAACAAAAGAAAAAUGCUAAGUUCAUCACGGAAGUCAGAGCUGGGGUGACUACUUUUUUCACAAUGGCAUACAUCAUUGCCGUUAAUUCUACAGUAUUAUCACAGAGUGGUGGCACUUGUGUUUGUACCGAUACAAAAGAUCCAUCAUGUUCGACAGAUUCUGACUACGCUGCUUGUGUUCUUGAUAUCAAUCGUGAUCUAAUUACUGCCACUGCUGCAGUGGCAGGCAUAGGAUCUCUGGCAUUUGGUUUCUUCACCAAUCUACCGGUCGCCUUGGCACCCGGCAUGGGCCUCAACGCAUACUUUACUUAUCAAGUUGUUGGAUUCCAUGGGACUGGCACUGUUCCUUAUCGUUUGGCUCUCACUGCCGUAUUUGUGGAAGGAUUCAUUUUCGUUUUCUUAUCCUUGAUCGGCAUGCGACAAUGGCUUGUAAAGGUAAUACCUGCGUCGAUUAAGGUCGCAAGUGGUGUCGGGAUUGGUUUAUUUCUUACAGAAACUGGAAUGUCAUAUUCUGCAGGAAUCGGUGCUAUGACUGGUUCCGCAGUAACUCCAACUGCCUUGGGAGGAUGUCCUCCUCACUACCUCGACGUUACAGGAGCUUGUACUAGUCAUCAAAUGACGAACCCUACGAUGUGGAUCGGAAUUAUUUUUGGAGGUUUCUUGACUGCAUACCUGAUGGCAUUUCGAUUCAAAUCUGCCAUAAUUAUCGGUAUUGCAAUUGUGUCUAUCUUCUCAUGGCCACGCGGCACAACCUUUACGUAUUUUCCGUACACUCCCGAUGGCGAAUCACGCUUCCAAUUUUUCAAACAAGUUGUCGCAUUUCACCCCAUUCGCAAUACCCUUGCCGCACAGGAUUGGGAUAUCACUGCUGCAGGCUCUCACUUUGCAUUGGCCCUUUUCACUUUCCUGUAUGUCGACAUCAUCGAUUGCACAGCGACUUUGUACUCCAUGGCACGCUUUUCAGGAGCAGUCGAUCCAAAAACGGGUGACUUUCCCCGCUCUACCAUAGCAUAUUGCACAGACGCAAUGACAAUCUCCAUCGGCUCUUUAUUUGGAUGUUCACCUGUGACUGCAUUUAUUGAGUCAGGUGCCGGUAUAACUGAGGGCGGCCGAACGGGUCUCACGGCCAUCACAACUGGAAUUUGCUUUCUGAUAUCCAUCUUUUUCGCUCCAAUCUUCGCAUCAAUUCCACCAUGGGCAACCGGAUGCACUCUCAUUUUGGUUGGAUGUAUGAUGAUGCGUCAAGUAGUUUCGGUCAAUUGGUCCUAUAUUGGCGAUGCCCUCCCAGCUUUCGUCACCAUUGUCUCAAUCCCUUACACAUACUCGGUCGCCUAUGGACUUAUCGCCGGGCUCAUGACAUAUACCGCUCUCAACGGAUCCGUCUACCUAACACAAAAACUCUCAAGAGGAAGACUGGCUCCUCCCGAUGCGGAUAAUGCUGAAUAUUGGACAUACAAACCGAGCGGUGGCACGGCACCAUGGUUUAUAAGAGUGGCUCAUCGCAAGUUUUGGCAAAGAGGUGACAUGGAAAGUAUCGAUGGUAAUUCGGCUACCAUGGAGCAUGAAUUGGCUGAGAAGAGACACUCGGAGGUUAGAUCGUCGGAUCUUUGA